CCCGGGAGCGCGCAGUGCGGCGCGGCGAGCCCGGUCUGCGGCGAGUCCCGGAGCUCCCGGAGCAGCUGAGGAUCCAUCUGCCUGUGCUGCUGCUCUGCUCACCCCGGGGGGACACGGCCCAGCUCCUGAGGCUGCCCAGGCUCCAAAAUGGUCCUGGGAAGACACCACCUCAUCUUUGCAGGAAUAGCACUUGCUCUCUGCCUGCACGACCUCGCCAGCACCAUCGAAGUCCCUCUGGAUUCAAAUAUUCAGAGUGAAUUGCCUCAGCCCCCCACCAUCACCAAGCAGUCCGUGAAGGACUACAUCGUUGACCCGAGGGAUAACAUCUUCAUCGAAUGUGAAGCCAAAGGGAACCCUGUGCCCAUUUUUUCCUGGACGCGGAACGGCAAGUUCUUCAACGUGGCGAAGGACCCCAAGGUGUCCAUGCGGAGGCGCUCGGGGACUUUGGUCAUCGACUUCCACAGCGGGGGGCGGCCGGAGGACUACGAGGGGGAGUACCAGUGCUUUGCCCGAAAUGACUAUGGCACGGCUCUCUCCAGCAAGAUCCACCUCCAGGUUUCCAAGUCUCCCCUGUGGCCCAAGGAGAAGGUGGAUGUGAUAGAGGUGGAUGAAGGGGCUCCACUCAGCCUGCAGUGCAACCCCCCGCCCGGCCUGCCCUCCCCUGUCAUCUUCUGGAUGAGCAGCUCCAUGGAGCCCAUCCACCAGGACAAGCGUGUCUCCCAGGGCCAGAACGGUGACCUCUACUUCUCCAACGUCGUGCUGCAGGAUGCCCAGACUGACUACAGCUGCAACGCACGCUUCCACUUCACCCACACCAUCCAGCAGAAAAACCCCUACACCCUCAAGGUGAAAACCAAGAAACCCCAUAACGAAACGUCUUUACGAAAUCACACUGACAUGUACAGUGCCCGAGGGAUUCCAGAAACCACUCCCAGCUUCAUGUAUCCCUACGGGACCUCCAGCAGUCAGAUGGUGCUCAGAGGGGUGGACCUCCUGCUGGAGUGCAUUGCUUCAGGAGUACCAGCACCAGACAUCAUGUGGUACAAGAAAGGAGGAGAGCUCCCAGCGGGCAAAACCAAGCUGGAAAACUUUAACAAGGCCCUUCGCAUCUCCAACGUUUCGGAGGAAGACUCCGGGGAGUAUUUCUGCCUGGCGUCGAACAAGAUGGGCAGCAUCCGCCACACGAUCUCGGUGAGAGUGAAGGCUGCUCCAUACUGGUUGGAUGAACCCCAAAACCUCAUCUUGGCCCCUGGUGAGGACGGCAGGCUGGUGUGUCGGGCCAACGGGAACCCCAAGCCUGCCAUACAGUGGCUGGUGAACGGCGAGCCGAUAGAAGCUUCUCCCCCCAACCCAAGCCGAGAGGUGGCUGGAGACACCAUCGUGUUCCGAGACACGCAGAUCGGCAGCAGCGCCGUGUACCAGUGCAACGCGUCCAACGAGCAUGGCUACCUCCUGGCCAAUGCCUUUGUCAGUGUCCUGGAUGUGCCCCCCCGGAUACUGGCCCCCCGCAAUCAGCUCAUCAAGGUGAUUCAAAACAACAGGACCCGACUCGACUGCCCCUUCUUCGGCUCACCCAUCCCCACCCUGAGAUGGUUUAAGAACGGCCAGGGGAACACACUGGAUGGAGGAAACUACAAGGCACAUGAGAACGGGAGCUUGGAGAUGGACAUGGCUCGGAAGGAGGACCAGGGCAUCUACACUUGUGUUGCCACCAACAUCCUGGGUAAAGCAGAGGCCCAGGUUCGCCUGGAGGUCAAAGACCCAACCAGGAUAGUGAGAGGACCAGAAGAUCAGGUGGUGAAGAGGGGCUCCAUGCCUCGCCUCCACUGCCGUGUGAAGCACGACCCGACGCUGAAGCUCACGGUGACCUGGCUGAAGGAUGAGGCACCCCUGUACCUUGGGAACAGGAUGAAGAAAGAAGACGAUGGCCUGACAAUAUUUGGUGUGGCUGAAAAGGACCAAGGGGAUUACACCUGCGUGGCCAGCACAGAGCUGGACAAGGACUCUGCCAAGGCGUACCUCACCGUGCUGGCCGUCCCUGCUAACCGUUUGAGAGACUUACCAAAAGAACGACCUGACCGGCCCCGUGACUUGGAGCUGUCCGACCUGGCCGAGAGGAGCGUGCGGCUGACGUGGAUUCCUGGUGAUGACAACAACAGCCCCAUCACAGACUACAUCGUGCAGUUUGAGGAGGACAGGCUCCAACCUGGCAUGUGGCACAACCACUCCAGGUACCCCGGGAACGUCAACUCGGCCGUCCUGAGCCUCUCUCCUUAUGUCAACUACCAGUUCCGGGUGAUUGCAGUGAACGACGUGGGCAGCAGCCUGCCCAGUGUGCCCUCCGAGCGGUACCAGACCAACGGGGCACGUCCUGAAAUAAACCCGACAGGAGUUCAAGGUGCAGGGACUCAAAAGAACAACAUGGAGAUAACCUGGACGCCUCUGAAUGCAACUCAAGCUUAUGGGCCCAACCUCAGGUACAUCGUGAGGUGGAGGCGAAGGGACCCCCGUGGGAGCUGGUACAAUGAGACAGUGAAGGCCCCAAGGCACGUGGUGUGGAACACCCCCAUCUACGUCCCCUACGAGAUCAAAGUGCAGGCAGAGAACGACUUUGGGAGAGCACCAGAGCCCGAAACCUACAUCGGCUACUCAGGGGAAGAUUAUCCCAAGGCUGCACCCACGGAUGUUAGGAUCAGAGUUUUAAACAGCACUGCCAUUGCUCUGACCUGGACCCGAGUGCACCUGGACACCAUCCAGGGACAGCUCAAGGAGUACAGAGCCUAUUUCUGGAGAGACAGUAGUUUGCUGAAGAACCUGUGGGUCUCCAAAAAACGGCAGUAUGUGAGUUUUCCUGGAGACCGAAACCGGGGCAUAGUGUCCCGGCUGUUUCCUUACAGCAACUACAAGCUUGAAAUGGUUGUAACCAACGGGAGAGGAGAUGGGCCACGCAGUGAAGUGAAGGAGUUCCCCACCCCAGAAGGAGUGCCCAGCUCCCCCAGGUAUUUAAGAAUCCGACAGCCAAACCUGGAAACCAUCAAUCUGGAGUGGGAUCACCCAGAGCAUCCCAACGGAGUCCUCACAGGAUACAACCUUAGAUAUCAAGCCUUUAACGGAACCAAAACGGGCCGAACCCUGGUAGAGAACUUCUCUCCCAACCAGACAAGGUUCACCCUGCAGAGGACAGACCCCAUCUCACGCUACCGCUUCUUCCUGCGCGCACGGACCCAGGUGGGAGAAGGAGAAACCUUAGUGGAGGAAUCCCCAGCCCUGCUGAAUGAAGCCACACCAACCCCAGCUGCAACUGAGUUGCCUCCAACUGCAAUCGAUCUAACCAGUACUACAACAGCCCCAACUACUACCACCACCACCGACACAACUACCACCACUACCGACACAACUACCACCACCACCGACACAACCACCACCGACACAACCACCACCACAGCCGCCACCACCGUCGCCAGCACCACAGCAGCUGCAGAGCGGGCUCCGGCAGCCACCACAAAGCAGGAGUUGGCCACCAAUGGAUCGUCCAUAUGGGACAUAAGAGCUAUGGCUAAUAGUAACUGGGCAAACAUCACCUGGAGCCACAAUUACUCUGCAGGAACUGACUUUGUGGUUAAGUAUAUCACCAGUAACAAGACAGAGAAAUCUAUCCCUGUUAAAGCUCAGACCCCUUCCUCUGUGCAGCUGGCGAAUCUGACGCCGGGAAUGAUGUACAAGCUGUGGGUGUUCCCCAUAUGGUCUAGCCCCAGCGAGCACUCGUACAUAACCUUUACCACCAGCUCAGCCUAUACCAAAAACCACGUGGACAUUGCAACCCAGGGCUGGUUCAUCGGGCUGAUGUGUGCCAUAGCUCUCCUGGUCCUCAUCCUGCUCAUUGUCUGCUUCAUUAAGAGGAGCAGGGGUGGGAAAUACCCAGUACGAGACAACAAAGACGAGCACCUCAACCCCGAAGACAAGAACGUGGAAGACGGGUCCUUUGACUACAGGUCUCUUGAAAGCGAUGAAGACAACAAACCCCUGCCCAACAGCCAGACCUCCCUGGACGGCACGAUAAAGCAGCAGGAGAGUGACGAUAGUUUGGUGGACUAUGGAGAAGGGGGCGAAGGGCAGUUUAAUGAGGACGGCUCCUUUAUUGGCCAGUACACAGUGAAGAAGGACAAAGAGGAGACCGAAGGCAACGAGAGCUCAGAAGCCACCUCCCCAGUCAAUGCCAUUUACUCCUUGGCCUAGCUCAAUGCACUGAAACCACCCAACAGCCCGAGGUGUUUGUAGGGGAUGGGGGUUCAGCAACAGCCGCCACGACCUCCAGCAGAAGCGUGUGAAUGCAACCAACCAACAGUGACAAACAGCAGCAAAAUAAAACAUUAUUUAAAAAAAAAGGACAAAAAAAGAGAAAAGAAAAUAAAAGAAAAAAAAAUCCAAGCAAACAGGCAGACCAGGUGGCUGCCAAUGCCAUCUUAUCCUUAGCAAACAAGCGAAUGGGAAGGACUCUGGGGCUGUAGCUGUAGCCGAAACCUGGGCUGAGCUAGAAGGAGGAGUGGGAUGUUGGAUCUGCAGCCCAGUGUGGGGGGCCCAACACAGCCCCAGAGCCAGCCCUGCAGUGGCCACCACAGGCUCAGCUGCCCAGGCUCCCCAGGGCCCUUUUUGUUCUCUUGGGAGGGAGUUAGAAAUUCUUUUUAAUCUUUACAGGAAGGUUCCAGUUAAGAGGGGAAGGGGAGAAAAGGAAAAAGGAGGAAAGUGGUGGAUCCUUGGGUAAUGAUCCCAUGGUAUUACUGAGAUGUCCAUCCUCACAGCAGCACCUUGCCCAUAGCCUCUCCCCAAAGUGCUCAGCUCUGCAAACCUCCUUCCCAGAAGAUCAAGCAGCAUCUAUGCAGGGAGGAGCAGGUCCCUGUGGUGUCCCUUGGCACCCUGACUCCCAUCGGCACCGAGGCUCUGCAGUUCCUGCCCUCUGCAAAGCCCCUGGGGAGGUCACCCACCACCCUGCGGGGCUCCAGAGCAUCCUCAGAGGACAAGAGGGUGUAGAAGAACUUGUGAGAUUCAUGGAAGGACAGUCGGGUGUCACUCACCCUCCAAGCCCAGGACAACAGCUUCCCUGGGCAACUGCAGGCAAAGCAGCUUGGUUUAGUCUUUGCUUUGUAAGAAUCAGGGGGAUCAGCCCCCAGACCACACCUGCUUGCUUUUCAGGGCAACUCCAUAAAUCUUAUGUAGCAAAGAGGGAGUGGAAGCAGGACUGGUAUUAACACAGGACGAAGGGACCAGAAAUCACUUAUUUAAAAAACAAAACAAAAUCAAAGCCACCCGGCCAGGAUAGAAGCACCUGAGGGAUCAGGUGAGGGACCCCCUGUGAUCACCCUGCACCUCGGCUCCCUCCAGCAGCUUGAAAAGUCCUGGGAUGCAAAUCCCUCGGGAGACACACAGGACCCGAGAGGUCCAGGCCUCCCCCAGGCACCUGGGACAGAUGGAUGGACAGUGUUUUCCACUGAAAUCCCCUCCCCAUUUCUGACAGUGGCCUUUGCCCCCUCCAUCAAUCACCCUGCGCCGUGGGACUCCCCUCCCUCCACUCUCUGGUUGACACAUCAAGACACCAGGCGAUGGCAGUGAACCCAUCACACGCUGUAACCAAGCCCCUGGGGUAGGAGUGCUCCCUCACAUGCCUUACACAGCUUCCAACUCCCCGUGAAGUUUAACAACAAACUGAUACUCUUCCCCACCGCUUACGCGCCCCUAACGCGAUGGUCUUGGAGCCGCCAGGACCAGUAGGAGUAGGAUGCCUGGGCAGCUCUCCCAGCUGGGACAGCACGGAUCGUGGUAGAAGGUAGAGUUUCCCAACAGACAGCACUCAGUGCCCAAUGCCAUGUGUAUUCUCCCACUUCCUGCACUUUUGAAACCAAAGGUACCUUUGCUGAGAGAGCUGGGAUUCCUUCGGACCGUUUUAGGAUGGAUUUUUCCCCCCCCCUUUCAUUUCUUCUUCUAAGGAGGAGGUUUUUGUUCAGCAUUAAAGGAUUAAAUGCAACAGGAUUAAUGCAAUUACUCUCUUAGCUUUCAAGCUGGUUUGCUGUGAAGAUGUAUUGCUAACAAGAACACUUCUGCUCAUAGGGAUUGUUGAGAAGGACUUUGCCACACUCUCUAAGCUGCUAAUGGCACAACUGUGCUGUGCUCCAGGGAAGAGCUCCGACCUGGUCAGCACCUGCUGCUGGAUCACCCAGAGAGAACAGGAGAGAGCUGGACACAGAGCAAGCAGCAAAGGAGUUACAUGCACCAUAUGAGCCCAGGAGGGUAAAAUUCCUGGUGUUACCAGGCAGAGGAGCCCCCCAGAGCUGGGGGUGCUCCAGGGCAGUGCAGGGAUGUCCCCUCUCCACUGCAGAGGAGCCCAUCUGCCAGCUCCUCCAUCCAUGCAGGGUAGGAGCCACAGGUCUUGCUCCAUUACCAUCCAUGCACUUGUGCAACAAACCUCUUCCUGCUGCUGCCCCUGAUCCAGUUCAAGAAGAGCUUCUCCCAGGCCAUGUUUGGUUUUUAAGCAAACACUCCAGGCCAAACAUAACACAGCCCUUGGUCAUGGGGAUAUUUGCUUCCCAAGCCUCCAGCUCUCCUUUCAGUGUUGAGUUUCCAUAACUUCUUGCCCAAGCACUGGUGGAAACAAGGAAAGAAACUACAGCCUGUGCUGCAGAAAACCCUCUGCCUCCAGAGCUGGGCACUUUCAUUCACACCAGAUCCUUGCUGCUUUGUGGACCAACCACUAACGGAGACCACAAGACCCUUGGCUACCAGGCACCACCUCCAAACCUCAGGACAGUUGGUCACGCAUUACUGGAAGCAAGCAGGGUGGUCUGGGUCAUGUAUCUGUAUUAUGUGCCAUUUGUAUUAAAGUCUCUAUUUCUGUCCUGUCAUGAACCACCAUUUUACUGAGCAAACUUCUUCACAUCCAUGUGGAAAUAGAGAAGUUUUUCACCCUGUAGCUGUGCCCCACUGCUGCCUCGGUGAGCAAGGAGGGAAGGAGGUGGACCCAGCUCAGCUAGUCCCAUCCUAACCCCAAAAAGACAGAAGUUCUACCACCACAUUACUUGGCCCAGCAGACCAACAGCUCCAUGUAGGUUACUUGGAGUCUUGCAUUGGCUUGGUGUAAAAAUCACUCAACUAUUACGUAAAGUCAAAAUUUUCACAGUUUUAAAACUUCCUCUUGGGUUUUGGAGCCCAAAGAAAAUUCUCAAUAAGAUCAAACCUCAUCAUGAGUGUAACAUUGUUUAACAAAGAUUCAGUAGAUGUUUGCACGAGCAGUUACUGCGCUGUAAGGAGCAAAGCCCUUUCUUGCUCUGCCCACCAAAACUACUGUAUCUCUGAUGGGAUGACCCCACACUGCCCCAGAAUGCAUCACCCCCCCCAGAACAGCCAGGGCCAGGCUCCACUGUCACCCCAGAGGAGCUGCUUUGCCUCUCCAUCCUCAGCUGUUCCUCUCCAGAGGGGAUAGGGUCAUCACCUCAGCUGGACCCUCAGGAUUAGCAGAGAGGCUGGGGGGAGCCCCACAUCAGCCUCCCUCUGCUUGAAGGCAGGAGGGUCAGGCUCCAUCACAAGGGCUCAGGUCCCUCUCUGGGAUCUGCACAGCCUCUCUGGGACAGGGCACACUUUUUCCUUUUCUUUUGCAGAAGAUACAUCUUCAUAAAGGGUUUAAAUUAGGGGCCAAUGCUUAAUAAUAAGUAAAAAGAGGAAGCAGAGCCAAAGCCAGAAAUCAGGCACUCUCAGAAGGCAGGGGAAAGCAGUUUGGGUCCAGCUCCCAACUUGCAAACUUGAGCCUGUCUAAAACAGCCUGAGCCAAAACCUCAUCCAUGUUCUGGAGGUGGAUCCAGACUCUGCUGGCUGCAAACAAGCCCCAGGACACAGCCCAGCCCUCCCUGGCACACAGCAUUUUGCUCUUCGGAACACACGUACAACAGCUAGUAUGGAUCACAGAGCACAAGGGUGGGACAUGAGAGGACAGUUGCCAUGUUUACAUGAUCUUGAGGCUGCUCCUAUUCUCCCUGAAGUGACAUUGCAGUAAGAGACAGAAAAACAGCAGGGAAAAAAAAAUGAGUUUUGGUACAAGCCCUGAAAUCCUGCUCACAGAAACACCAUCAGUCUGUCCUGUCGGGACACCAGGUCAUGACAUCCCCAUAAAGUAUCACCUUCUCACAGAUGUCAGCCCCCGAGGCCACAUGUUCUGGUCACUUCUGACCAAAGAGAUGAUGAGGAGCUGCAGCUCCUGCCUCCAUCAGGCCAGGGAGCAGGGUGGGGGUGAGGGCAGAGCUGCACCAGGCUUCAACCUGCAACGUGACCUCCGCCGAACCAGGCUUCGUUGUGUACUAGCAGCAAACCAUUUCAGUUAAGCAAUAAAAAUAAACCUUGUAAAAAAGAAAUAAAAAAAAAAAACAAAAACAAACGUUCUAUUUCUUGCACUAAGACCUGUUUUACUCACGUGGAUAACGAGGCUUUUUUGGUCCUAACAAAACCCCCACUGCAUCAGUAGCUCCCCUUGCCCAGCAGCGCCUGUCUCUCCGGGUCCUUCCAAGCAGGCAUCGGGCUUUGAUUGUCCAACACAGUCUAAACCCCCUGUCAAACCCACAGCCCAGACUCCUUCCUUUGCAGUAUGGAGUUCUAAAUGUUUGUUCCUCCUGCUCAUAUCAGAAAGCAAGUAUUGGACUGUUCUGUUUUUCUUUAAUUUGUAAAUAUGCCACCCUCCAGCCAUCCAUCCAUCCGUCCUCUGUAGAACCUCCUGGUUGUUCUAAAGUAUUCUAUGUAUUUAUUUGCCUUUUUUUAAAGCAAAAAAACAACAAAACCAACACCUUUGCGUUAACCCACUUGUUCCAAUGAGAAAUGUACAGCUGAAGCUGUGAAAUUAACAGUUUACAGCUAGAAGAUUUAUGGACUAGAGAAAAAAAAAAUGUUUAAUAUAAGGACUUAUAAACCGGCUGCAUGAGAGAUGAAAGGAGGCCAAAAUACUCAGAUACCAUUUUUAUGAAUCACUGUAAAAAGAAAAGACUGGAUUUUUUUUGUAUAGAGACACUAAACAUAUAAUAAAACAUUGUUCAAAAUUCA